AUGUUUCAAGAGCCGGUAGCUCGAGAUCUUCGAUCGUUUCAAUCGUUGUCCAGAUUUGCUGGUCAACGUACCAUACUUGGUCGUCGGCAAUCAUCAAUUCGGUCUACUUCACGCCGGUCUAAAACUCUUUCCCUAGAAGGUACCCAUUCUUAUUUUUGGCUUGACGAUGCAUCUGCUGGAACGGAACAGCGGCAAUUGCAAGUCGAAUGGGAUACCAAAGAUAAUGUUUUUGAGGUGCAAAACGAACUACCUUAUCCAGGUUUUGUGGAAUCAAGUCUGUUUUGUUUGCAUCAAUCAAAACCACCACGUUCUUGGGCUUUGGAACUGGUGAUGAAUCCGUGGUUUGAUCGUAUCACAAUUAUCGUUAUCUUAAUCAACUGUGUUACGCUGGGUAUGUAUCGGCCUUGCGAAGAAGCAUUAGCCUGUUCCUCCUAUCGAUGCCAAGUUUUAUCACUGGUUGAUCACAUUAUUUUCGGUUAUUUUUUCAUUGAAAUGGUCAUCAAAGUGGUUGCUCUUGGAUUUUACGGGUCUUCCGCAUAUCUUUCUGAUACCUGGAAUCGUUUAGAUUUUUUUAUUGUUUGUUCUGGCAUUGCUGAAUAUGCUUUACAACGAUAUCUCGGUAACAUAAAUUUGACAGCGAUACGCACAAUUCGGGUACUAAGGCCAUUAAGAGCUGUAAAUAGGAUUCCUUCUAUGAGAAUUCUUGUGAACCUUCUUCUCGAUACUCUGCCAAUGCUGGGGAAUGUUUUGUUGUUAUGUUUUUUUGUUUUCUUCAUAUUUGGAAUUGUCGGUGUACAAAUGUGGGCCGGAGUUUUAAGGCAUCGAUGUACUUAUCCAGAGAAUCAAAAAGAAUACUUCUUACAGUUUAAUUUAACUUAUUACAAACCUGAAGAUACUUCACUUGAGUAUAUAUGUAGUCCACCAGAUAUGUCAGGAUUGCAUAGUUGCUCAGAUCUUCCACCAUAUCGUGAGAAUAACGUCGUCUGUACACUAUCGCUACAAGAUGACGAUAAAAUUUCUGAUACAGCUUGCAUCAACUGGAAUCAGUAUUACAACGUUUGUAGGGUUGUUGCAAAGAAUCCAUUUGAUGGAGCUGUAUCAUUCGAUAAUAUCGGUUAUGCUUGGGUGGCAAUUUUUUUAGUUAUAAGUUUAGAAGGUUGGACAGAUAUUAUGUAUUAUGUUCAGGAUGCCCAUAGUUUUUGGAAUUGGAUUUACUUUGUUCUCUUAAUUGUGAUAGGGGCAUUUUUUAUGAUAAAUUUGUGCCUUGUUGUCAUCGCCACACAAUUUGCGGAGACUAAAAGACGUGAAACCGAACGGAUGCUUGAAGAACGGAAACGUUUACUUCAUUCUUCAAUGUCUCUAUCUGAAGGAACACCAUCUUCAAAAGAAGGUAACACUGGUGAUAGUGUAUAUGGUGCUAUUGUACGGUUACUUCGUCAUCAUUUUCGAAGAGCAAAAAGAAGGCUGAAAAGAGUGACAGCUUUUAAAGAAAAACGUAUGAAGCAAAAAAUGACUGAAACUGGUGAUGAAAGUACAACAAAAAAUUUGAUGGACGAAAAAGUGGAAAAGUUACAUGUAUCAAUUAUGGCUAAACAUAAGGGAUCACGUUGGAAUAAAAUCCGAGAAAAAAUACAAGUUUUUGUUGCUAGCAAAUAUUUUACACGAGGAAUCUUAUGUGCCAUUUUGGUGAAUACAAUGAGUAUGGGUAUUGAACAUCAUCAGCAGCCAGAAACUCUGACAAUGAUUCUGGAAUGGUUUAAUCAUUUUUUUACAUUUCUCUUUCUGGCUGAAAUGGUACUAAAAAUUAUUGCAACUGGACUUUUCACAUAUCUUUCUGAUGGUUUCAAUGUAUUUGAUGGCGGUAUUGUAGUGAUGAGUGUAUUGGAGUUAUUACAAGGUGGACGUGGUGGAUUAGCUGUAUUACGAACAUUUCGAUUAUUAAGGGUACUAAAAAUUGUUCGUUUCUUACCGGCGUUACGUUAUCAGUUGUUGGUGAUGCUAAGAACUAUGGAUAAUGUUACGGUGUUUGUUGGACUGCUAAUGCUUUUUAUCUUCAUCUUUAGCAUACUGGGAAUGAAUCUGUUUGGAUGCAAAUUCUGUGACGAAGUUAAGGUCAACAAGAUGGUUACACAUUAUAAGUGUAAAAGAAAAAAUUUUGCUACACUUCUCUGGGCCACUCUUGGCAUGGUUCUUUUUGGUUGCAAAUUUUGUUGGUAUGGCAAUAGCAAAAGACAAUGCCCAGUGAUUGAUGCUGUGGAUCCGGAGAAACCCUGUGACUGUGAUAGAACAAAUUUUGAUACAUUUCUGCAUGCUACAGUUACUGUUUUCGAGAUAUUAACCCAAGAAGACUGGAAUAUGGUACUUUUCAAUGGAAUGGCACAUACAAAUCCAUGGGCAUCGCUGUACUUCGUACUGUUAAUGACAUUUGGUAACUAUGUAUUAUUCAACCUUCUUGUUGCUAUUCUGGUAGAAGGUUUUCAAGAAAGUAAAGAGGAUGAGAAACGGCAACAGGAAGAAGAAGAAAAGUUAAGGAUUGAGGAAGAAACUGCUAAAGAAAAAAAACAUGUGGAUGAAUUUAUUGAAAUGAGCAUUUCUUCGCCAUUUGUUACAUCACGAAAGGUUUUCGAAGAAUUGAACUUUUUUAGUUCAAAAACAACAAUAAAUUUGAUGGUCAUAAAGAAAAUGAUACAAAAAAUUACUGCUAUAUGCAAAAAAAAUAGUGUGGAAAUUCAGAACAGUAGUUUUAGGCUGAACCGUCAUACAUCUUUGUAUACACCGAAAACAUUAAGAAGGGGUAACACAACACUUCAACGAGUGAACAGCUUCUGUGGUCUGCAGACCGUAUUCAAUCCGUACUGUCAGAUUCAUGGUUGUCGUGCACUUGGCAGUGACAGUGCUGUCGAGGAAAUCCUUAAAGUCCAGAUUUCAUUUGAAGGGAGAUUUGAAGAGAACAAGCCGAAAAAAAAACAACGAUGGAUCAAAAGAUAUUGGAAAAAGAUUACAAAAGGAACCUUUAUUGAUAGACGUUCUGAUUAUGCAUUUUUUUUGCUAAGUCCAGGAAACUCGGCUCGAAUUUUUUGUCUACGGCUUACUCAAAAGAAAUGGUUUGACUAUUUUAUUCUGUCUAUCAUAGCUAUUAAUUGUAUAACCCUUGCAAUGGAACGACCAUCUAUUCCACCAGAUUCUACUGAGAGACACUUUUUGACAAUUAGCGGUUAUGCUUUCACAGUAAUUUUUACCUUGGAAAUGACACUUAAGGUUAUUGCUAACGGGUUUUUUCUCGGUCAUGGUGCUUAUUUUAAAGACGGUUGGAAUGUAUUAGAUGGUACAUUAGUGAUUAUUAGUUUAAUGAAUGCAGCUUUUGAACUUCUUGCGCAUUCAGAUUCGCCAAAGAUUUUUGGUGUUGUUAGAGUAUUGAGGCUUUUGCGAGCAUUAAGACCUUUGCGAGUUAUUAAUCGUGCUCCCGGUGUCAAACUUGUUGUUAUGACUUUGAUUAGCAGCAUUAAACCAAUCGGAAAUAUCGUCUUAAUUUGUUGCACAUUUUUUGUUAUAUUUGGUAUACUGGGUGUUCAACUUUUUAAGGGAAUGAUGUAUUACUGCGUUGGGCCUGAAGUUGGUUCUGUGGUCACUAAGGCUGACUGUAUAGCAGAUCCGCGAAAUAAAUGGAUGAAUCAACGAUAUAAUUUUGACAACAUUGGUCAUGCGCUGAUGUCGCUUUUUGUGUUGUCAAGCAAAGACGGUUGGGUCUCCAUCAUGUAUCAGGGAAUCGAUGCAGUUGGUGUUGAUAUGCAGCCGAUAGAGAAUUAUAACGAGUGGCGUAUGAUAUAUUUUAUAUCCUUCUUACUGCUGGUCGGUUUCUUCGUUUUGAAUAUGUUUGUCGGCGUUGUGGUAGAAAAUUUCCAUAAAUGUAAGGAAGCACUUGAAGCAGAGUUGAAAGAGCGUGCGAAACAGAAACGACUUCAAAGGAAGCUGGAGCUACAAAAAUACGAAAUGUUCUACGCCGCCAAAAAAAAAAAGCCUAAGACAACUGUUCCUUACUGGACUCAAUAUGGCAGAAGACGACUGCUUGUUCAUAGCAUAAUAACCUCUAAAUAUUUUGACUUGGCUAUUGCUGCUGUCAUAGGCGUUAAUGUGAUAUCAAUGGCAAUGGAAUUCUAUAUGAUGCCAAAUGGAUUAAAAUAUACGCUUAAAGCGUUGAACUACUUUUUCACCUCAAUCUUCACUUUAGAAGCUGGUCUCAAAAUAUAUGCUAUUGGUUUCCGACGUUUUUUUAAGGAAAGGUGGAACCAGUUGGAUAUGUUAAUUGUAGUCCUUUCUAUUGCUGGUAUAGUCUUUGAAGAGUUUGAAGCCUUAGAACUGCCAAUUAAUCCGACAAUUAUCAGGGUUAUGAGGGUUCUUCGUAUAGCUCGUGUGUUAAAGUUACUAAAGAUGGCAAAAGGAAUUCGUUCUCUACUCGACACUGUUGGCGAGGCUCUACCUCAAGUGGGCAACCUUGGAUCGUUGUUUUUUCUUCUUUUUUUUAUAUUUGCUGCUCUUGGUGUUGAAUUAUUUGGAAAACUAGAAUGUUCUGACGCACAUCCGUGUGACGGAUUAGGCGAACACGCCCACUUUAAAAACUUUGGUAUGGCUUUCUUGACUUUGUUCCGGAUUGCAACUGGUGAUAAUUGGAACGGAAUCAUGAAGGAUGCUUUACGUGAUGAUUGUGAUUUAUCGGAUCACUGUGAGUCAAAUUGUUGCGUGGAUAAGGUUUUAGCGCCCUUGUAUUUCAUUAUUUUUGUGCUUAUCUCUCAGUUUGUUCUUGUCAAUGUUGUUGUCGCAGUGCUUAUGAAGCAUCUAGAGGAAAGUAACAAACGCGAUGACUCGUCACAAGGUAAAAACUCGGAAACCCAAAAAACUGAAAGUGAAGAAGAAGGUAUACCGGAAAUUUAUUAUCGACAGUUUAAAGUUACCGACUGA